CUGCUGCUGCUGUCGACUCAGUCGCGCCGUGGACUCGCAGUGACGCGUGUCGCGUCGUGCUGCCGCCGCCAUACCGCGCCGUGGUCCAGGACUGCCUCGUCGUCGUGAUGCCGUGCUCGGCCCCGUGCGCUACCGGCGGUGGCCUCGACGGCGGCGGUUAGAGGCGCUGGAGGCCAAGGGCGUCGUACAGCGCGACCUGGUUUAGCUCGGCGCGGCUGCUGCUGCUGCACUAGACCUCGACCUCGACCUUGCGCCUCCCCGCGGCCCCCCACGGCCUCCCACGGGGGCGCCUGCAGCCCCUGCAGCGACGGCCGAGAGGCCCCCCGGACAACAUGUACAAGAAGGAGAAGCCCAUGAUGUCGGUGACGGCUAUCAUACAGGGGGCCCAGGCGGGCGUCUGGGGGCGGUCUAGUAGUGGCGGCCUCACGAUGGACGGCGGGCUGGUGGCGCCGCAGUCCCCCCUGGACAUGAAGCCUGACCCGUCCAUGCUCGGGGUCAGCCCGCACAGCCCAACCAAUGGUUCAACAGAGCCCGGCAUGUUUUUCAGCUCAUUCAACAUGGGAGUGGGAAUGAUAAACAACUCUGGAGGAUCUGGGCAGAACAAGAACUCAGGCAGCACAUCGCCGUACCCUCCGAACCAUCCUCUGAGUGGUUCCAAGCACCUCUGCUCUAUUUGUGGCGACAGAGCUAGUGGAAAACAUUACGGCGUAUACAGCUGUGAAGGCUGCAAAGGAUUUUUCAAAAGGACUGUUCGGAAAGAUUUGUCUUAUGCAUGCAGAGAAGAUCGAAACUGUAUCAUUGACAAGCGACAGAGGAAUAGAUGUCAGUACUGCCGUUACCAAAAAUGUCUCGCUAUGGGAAUGAAGCGUGAAGCAGUCCAGAAUCUCAAUGAAAUUCAGGAGGAGAGACAGCGCACCAGAGAAAGAGACCAAGGUGAAGUGGAGUCAACAAGUUCAGUCAACACUGAUAUGCGAAUCGAGCAAAUCUUGGAAGCUGAUCGUCGAGUGGAGUGUAAACAGGAAAACUCAGCAGAGAUUGAGAGGUGGAAUAAGGCGAUCGCAUCUUUUGGUUGUGUGUCGCAGAACGCAAUGACCAACAUCUGCCAGGCUACCAAUCGACAGCUGUUCCAGUUGGUGGACUGGGCUAAGAACAUCCCUCACUUUGUUUCCCUUCCUCUUGAGGACCAGGUGUUGCUUCUUAGAGCUGGGUGGAAUGAACUCCUUAUAGCCGCAUUUUCACAUCGCUCUAUUGAUGUUGAAGAUGGCAUAGUACUUGCAAAUGGUCUCACGGUGCACCGAAAUUCAGCACAUCAGGCAGGUGUGGGAAAUAUUUUUGACAGAGUGCUCACAGAAUUGGUUCAUAAAAUGAGGGACAUGCGAAUGGAUAAAUCUGAACUUGCAUGUCUUCGAACAAUUAUUUUAUUCAACCCAGAGGUAAAAGGAUUGAGGUCUAAACAGGAAGUUGAUGGACUUCGUGAGAAAGUUUAUGCAACCUUGGAAGAAUAUACGAGGGUUACACAUCCUAAUGACCCUGCCCGUUUCUCCAAAUUGUUGCUUCGUCUACCUCCAUUACGCUCAAUUGGCCUUAAGUGCCUAGAGCACCUCUUUUUCUUCAAGCUAAUUGGUGAUGUACCUAUUGAUACCUUCCUCAUGGAAAUGCUUGAGUCACCCUCUGACCCUUAGAAUAAUGUUAGUUGCUAUUCUAUAAGGUGAUUCUUUGGAACCCUAAUAACUCAUUUUUCUCAAGGUAGUCUGCAUUUAUGUCCAUUUAUUGUUUAACUAUGCCUUUGUAGUUAACAUGGUUAAUAAUUAAACAGUCAACCAGACUUUUUAUGGUUCAUUUUAUCUUGGUGAAAUAUAAAGAUUAAUAAAAUACUGGUCAUAACUACUUCUACUACUGGUCUACUGGGCUCCCAUCGAGGGACCCAUGUUAUUGUUGGCCUCACUCCUGAACUGUUUGAGUUCAUCACGUUCAAUGUAAGACUUCAUGGUAUAUGUUGGAUUUUUUUUUUUUUAUUUUUUUUGUUUCAAAUACUAUUUGUUGUUGAAGAAGAAAUUUGUCUAUCUGCUGAUUUAACAACCAUAAAUAAGUUUGGUAUUCAGUGCUUUUUAGUUGUAGACUUUCAUUUCCUUUAUAAAAUUAUAAAUUGUGUAAAGAUUUUAAAAUUUUACUAUUUAUUUUCUUACAGAUCAUAGUUAUCUUUUUUUUGUCCUUAUUGUUUCUGUCUAUUGACUAAGUGAAAAUUAAUCAAUUUUAGUAGUAGUCAUUUAUUUUUGUUUUUGUUUUGAUCUACCUCUUACCUGUGAGAGCUGACAUGGAUAAAUCAUUGACUUUCAUGCUUCACUUGACAACUAUGUGAUUUUGCUAUAACAAAUUUUGAAAAUAUUUUUUUUUUAUGGAAACUGUUCCCUUUGAAAGUGCAUAACUAUUUUUAUGCUGAUUGUAUUUGGCAUUGUGUUACUGUAAGUCUUAAAUAUGCCCUUGACGGAGGUUAGCUUGACUUCCAGUUUAUGCAAGUCAAAUAACUUUCCAUGAGUGACUCAAGCUCCUUUUAAAAAGGUACCGAUUUCAGAGCUAUCUGUGACUUUGUUCAGGAUGCUCAAAGUGUCAGUCAAUCUGUGGAGUCCUUGACCCUUUCCCCAAACUCAAAUCCAGAUUGUAUCCAUCAAUCUUUUUCUUGUCGUUUCUUGUGACAAUUUGCAUUUGUCAUACAAAUUUGUAAGAUCUUUUGAGACAUUAUCAAGUACUGUUAAUGCACACAUGUCAAGACAAUUUGUUUUUCAAAGGAAAAGAAUGGUGCUAUUUACUUUUUCUAUCUAUUAUUUGUUAUUCUUGUGGAUUUAAAAUCCUUGUUUUAAUUACUUGUUUGUCGAAACCUCAAGCAUAAAUGUUAUGCUCACUAUUGUAUCUACAUUUUCAAUGAACUCUGAAGUUUGAAUUAAUUUUCUGGCACCUUCACAAAGAACUGCCAUUUGUGCCUUUUUUUCAGGUAGUUUUUCUAGAUUUCAUUGGGAAAGUUGUUUGGAAUUUCUUGUCGCAUUUUACGCUUUUACUUAGUGGUUUUAUUAAAUCUAUCUGUUGUUUGUUACUUAAUGGUUGUGUUUAUGAAAGCGGUAACUGCCUUUUGUAUAAUCCUUCAGUAAGAAGGAAAUCAUGAGGAAGUGAACAUAUUUUUGACUCUUUAUCAAGAUACCCCCAUCAGUGAGAAAGUAUUGUGUAAGAGAGGCUAAACUGAUCAUAAUAGUUGUGACCUGCAAGACAGUAAGAUUUAUGUAUUAUUUCAGUGAAUUGUAACUAUGGCAUUAGCUCUAUAGUAUUCAUGUUUUUCUCUUUGCAAAAAUCAAUAAUGUAUAUUUUUUCCAAAGCUCAUAUAACCUUACCGUAGUUCAUUUGUAAUCUUUAUGAUGAAAUCUAAGUACAAAUUAUUAUUACUUGUAUGUAGUUAAUUCCAUGAUUAUCUUAAUUAAUGUGUAAAUGAACUUAAUGGUCUGAAGUUUAAGUGCUAAACUUCAGAAGUUUACAUCUAAAUGCUUUUCUUCUUUUACCUAACUUUUGCAUUUUGUAAUAUUUAUGAUCAUCAUUCACUUUUGCUCAUUCUUUGUUUCACACAGAUUGAGUCUCACAUUUUCAUCCCAUAUUUAAAUGUUGGAACUGUACUCAACUGCAAUUUUAUAUUGUGUCUCUUUUCACUCAUACAUUAAACCAAGUCAAAAUAUGAGCUGCUUACCACCUUCAAUCAUCACAAUUUUGUUUAAACUAGGUGUGUGUUGUUAAUGGUGAGGAGAACCCACAUUCCAAUGAUGUAACUACGAAUGGAAAACUGUACAUGUUUGUUGUGUGGCAUGCAUUUUGUAACUACUCAAAAUUACUGGUAUCAUAAAUGAUGAUGAUAUCCUUUACAACAUCACCGAUUUCUUGGAAUAGCUGUUUAAUGUUAUUGAUUGGUUGAAUUGUAUUGCAAGCACAGUUGACUGUAGUGGAGACAAUUUGAUAACAAAUAGUGGCAGACAUCUAGUCAGUUUAGGUGGCUGACACUUCUUGAUGUUUUCCGUUAUGUCAAACUCAUUUAGACCCUUUUCAAUACUAGUGACUUACUCAUUUGAUUUUCUAGGUCUCGUGAUUUUAAGUCUACAGAAUGUGAAACUUUGGGUGUAAUUGUUGAAAUUUCUAAAGUAUUUUAGUCUUGAAAAAAUGUUAAGAUUUUAGAUACUGUUUUAUUAUCUCUUAUGAUUUCUAUUCUUUUGUCUUAGCUUACUUUUUCCUUUAGAGUAAAAAUUUCUAUAUUUUUUUAAAAAAAUCACAAUUUGAUAAAUGUUAUGUUUCUAAUAGAUUUUUAUGAGACUUCCAUCUGAGUUGCUUUUUGGUUGUGAACUUCUGCCUCUGAAUUGGAGAGCAGGAAACGGACUUAUGUGCCUUGUGACUUUAUCCAUGUCAGAGAUGAGAAAGUCAUUUGAAAAGGAUUGUUAUUUUUUGAUUACUAGAUUUACUAAAUUAGAGAUGAUAAAUGAUGAUAGAGAUGCUUUAAUUUUAAGACCUUAAAUCAAUUGUACCUCAUCUUGUGACUAGAACAUAUUGGUCAACUUAGAGUAAACAUAGUAGAUGAUAUAUUUAAUGUGAAUCGAAGAUAUGUGAUAUGUUUUCCUGUUUCGUGAGUGCCAGUCUAACACCUCAUUCUCCCCUCCCACUUUGAUAGGCUUCCAGCUAUAACCUUUGGUUUUUGUAACCGUUGCUCUAAAUAUUUUAUGAAUCAGCUUUUAUGAAUGUCUUUGUGUACAGUUGUUUGUAGGAUGAAAUGUAGGCUGCAGGUUGUUUUUGGUACUGUGCACAAUUAUUUUUUAUUGAUAGGCAGAUAGAUACCUUACAAAUUUACCUGUGUGAUGAUAUUAGUGUUCUGGUAUCCUCUUGUUGUCGUUCUUGUUUUAAGAUGUUCUUGUUAGAUUUAAUAAAGCACCUGUUCAAAAGUGAA